UGUAGUUAUGAUUCGUUGAGGCGCUUCCAAUUCGUUGUGGGGAAAAAGUGGAUGCCUGCCUAUUGUUUCACGGGUUUUCGUCUUCCUUCUUUCUCCAAAAUCUCUUCUCAUCUUCAAUCUCGUAAAAACUGUUCUCUACCUUUGCCAGCUCAGGUUGAAUUUCCCUGGAAAAAUGACCCACAACCCAUUUUCGAUGAUUCUUUGCUCCUCCAUUAUCUAUCUAAACGCUGGCAUCAGGAAGCACGAAACUUUCUUGAAACAACCCACCGUGCAGACCUCCAUAAACAGCUUAUUCUCUGGACUUCGUUGGUUUCCAAGUUCUCGCGAGAGGGCUAUGUGGACGAGGCUCGAGUCUUGUUUGACAUCAUGCCUCGUAGAAAUAUUGUUACUUACAAUGCCAUGUUGUCGGGUUAUCUACAAUCUGGUAGGCUGAAUGAAGCUUGUAAGUUUUUUAAACAGAUGCCAUAUAAGAAUGUUGUUUCGUGGACUUCGAUACUUAGCGGGUUGGCUGAUUCUGGGAGGAUUGGAGAUGCAAGGAAGGUGUUUGGUGUAAUGCUUGAGAGGAAUGUUGUUUCCUGGAAUUCAUUAGUUACCGGGUUGAUUAGUAAUGGAAGGUUGGAGGAAGCAAGACAGGUGUUUGACCAAAUUCCUGACAAAAAUAUGGUUUCUUGGAAUGCUAUGAUUUCAGGUUACGCCAAAAACGAUAGGAUGGAAGAAGCAAGAAUUUUGUUUGAUGAGAUGAAAUACAAGAAUGUGAUAACUUGGACUAGCAUGAUAUCUGGUUAUUGUCGUGUUGGCAAUGUGGGAGAGGCUCAUAGUUUAUUCUGGUCAAUGCCGGAGAAAAAUGUUGUUUCUUGGACAGCCAUGAUUAGUGGGUUCACUUGGAAUGGCUUGUAUGAAGAGGCCUUGUUGCUUUUUCAGAGAAUGAGAUUUUCUGAUGCACAACCAAAUGGAGAAACCUUCAUUUCUCUGGCUUAUGCAUGUGCAAGGUUAGGUUUUUCGUGUCUUGGCAAGCAGUUACAUGCUCAGAUGCUCAUUAAAGGCUGUGAUCGAGAUGAUUUUGAUGGGAGGUUAUGUAGAAGUCUCAUUCAGAUGUACUCUGUCUUUGGUCUUAUGGAUUUUGCAAACAAGAUCUUUGACAAGAAUUCGACUAACUAUGAUAGUCAGUCUGUCAAUUCUAUGAUUAAUGGUUAUAUUAAGAUUGGUCAGUUACACAAGGCUCGAAUUCUGUUUGAUAAGAUUCCCAUCCAAAACAGAAUUGCAUGGACUUGCAUGAUUACUGGCUAUUUUAAUGCAGGGGAAAUAUUACAGGCCUGGCAUAUAUUUGAGACCAUGCCUGACAGAGACGCCAUUGCAUGGGCUUCAAUGAUUUAUGGUUAUGUUCAGAACGAGCUUAUUCCUGAAGCCACGAGCUUAUUUGCAGAAAUGAGGUCUCAGGGUGUUUCGCCUCUAAAUUCAACAUACUCUGUUCUUUUUGGAGCCAUGGGUGCGAUGGCAUAUCUUGACCAGGGACGGCAGCUUCAUGGAUUGAAGAUAAAAACAGUAUACGAGUAUGAUUUAAUUCUCGAGAAUUCCUUAAUUUCAAUGUACGCAAAGUGUGGGGAGAUAGGUGAUGCAUAUAACGUAUUCUCUAACAUGACUUACAGGGACAUAGUUUCUUGGAACUCCAUGAUCAUGGGCCUUUCAGAUCAUGGGAUGUCCAGUGAAACUUUAAAGGUGUAUGAAACCAUGCUUGAGCUUGGAAUUUACCCAGAUUCUGUAACUUUUCUGGGCAUCCUGACAGCAUGUGGUAAUGCAGGGCUUGUUGACAAAGGCUGGGAAUUAUUCAGUACCAUGACUAAUGAUUAUGCACUUCAACCUGGUUUGGGGCAUUGCAUUAGUAUGAUCAAUCUUCUAGGUCGAGCAGGAAAGGUGAAGGAAGCUGAGGAGUUUGUCUUCAAGCUGCCUAUCGAAUCAAAUCGUGACAUUUGGGGGGCACUGCUUGGGGUAUGCGGGUUGAGCAAAACAGAUUCAAAUGUUGCCAAGCAUGCAGCCAAACGACUCUUUGAGUUGGAUCCUGUUAAUGCUGCGGGCUAUGUGACACUUUGUAAUAUUUGUGCAGUGAGUGGUAUGCACAUUGAGGAGACAAAGUUGAGGAGAAAAAUGAGUUUGAAAGGAGUGAUGAAGACGCCUGGUUGUAGUUGGAUCAUCUUGAGGGGGAGAGUUCAUAUAUUCUUAUCAGGAGAUAGAUUGAAUCCACAAGUGGAAGAGAUGCUAUUUCUAUUAUCUGGAAAUGAGAUAGACUGAAGCCACAAGUGGAAUCGAAAUGAGGUUGAAUGGUGUGAAAAGGCAGGAAUCCAACUUCAAACUUUAUUGAAAGUUGAAACAGCUCAAUAAGGCUAUUUUGAUAAGUUCUAAACAGAAUACUUGUAAUUUGUUUGCACCUGGACGGGACAGAAUUGAACACACCUGGAGAGAAACUGAAGUCAUAUACUUGAGGAUGUGUUUCAGAACACUAAUGGAGGUUUUUCCUCGAUUGGUUACAGGAAGAAGCUGGCUCGGAUGCUUCUUUUUGACAGGAGUGCCAACAUUGACCAUGAGAGAAGUAUUUUGAAGUUAAUGUAACAUGCAGCGCAUUUGAAACUGGUAUUGCUGGUCUGCACGGUGGCUGCAGCUGCGGCCGAGGAUUGCAACCGCCGGUGCGGGAACGUGAGCAUCCCGUAUCCCUUUGGCAUAAGCGAUGACUGCUACAUAGACGAAAGGU